UUUAAAAACAGGAAUCGACUUAAAGCCUCCAGUGAAGUAGAAUCCGUAGACCUUCCAAACUGCCACCUGAUUAAAGGCAUCGGAUAAAGCCUCAAUAGUGGAUUAGAGACCAGAAGCCACAAGGAAAGAAGAUGAAGUUCGAAUAUCUUCUAUUCCUGUCUUUCCCUCUUCCAUUUGAAAGAAAGGACUCUGGUGUUUUAACUCUGUUACCUGACCAAUGACAGAGCCUUCUAAGGACAUUCCAAGACAGCAUACAGUCCUGAGGUCUACUUGGAAAUCCAUUUGUAUAAUAUUUCAAAGGAGAUACUCUGUUGGUUUUGACUGGAUUUUUAAAGAGAUGAGUGAUAGAGCUAACUCUUAUCUUAACGGCUGUAGAAAUGAAGAUGAGGCAGUGGAUCUGGAAAACAUUCUAAAGAAAGCUACAGAAGCUGGCGCUGAAGAUAUUGACAUCCUUCCCAAUGGUCUGGCUUUCCUUAGUGUGGGUCUAAAAUAUCCAGGACUCCACAGCUUUGCACCAGACAAGCCUGGAGGAAUACUAAUGAUGGAUCUAAAAGACGAAAACCCGAGGGCAUUGGAAUUAAGAAUUAGCCGUGGGUUUAAUUUGGCUUCGUUUAAUCCACAUGGUAUCAGCACUUUCAUAGACAGCGAUGACACGGUUUAUCUCUUUGUUGUAAACCACCCAGAAUCCAAGAAUACAGUGGAAAUUUUUAAAUUUCAAGAAGAAGAUAAUUCUCUUUUGCAUCUAAAAACAGUCAAGCAUGAGCUUCUUCCAAGUGUGAAUGAUAUCAUAGCUGUUGGACCUGCACAUUUCUAUGCCACCAAUGACCACUAUUUCUCUGAUCCUUUCUUAAAGUAUUUGGAAACAUACUUGAACUUACACUGGACAAAUGUUGUUUACUAUAGUCCAAAUGAAGUUAAACUGGUAGCAGAAGGAUUUGACUCAGCUAAUGGAAUCAACAUUUCACCUGAUAAAAAGUACAUCUAUGUAGCUGAUAUAUUGGCUCAUGAAAUUCAUGUUUUGGAAAAACAGCAUAAUAUGAAUUUAACUCAAGUGAAGGUACUCAAGUUGGAUACACUGGUGGAUAAUUUAUCUAUUGAUCCUUCCUCGGGGGACAUCUUGGUAGGCUGUCAUCCUAACGGCCAGAAGCUCUUCAUUUAUGACCCGAACAAUCCUCCUUCCUCACAGGUUCUCCGCAUCCAGAAUAUUCUCUCAGAGAAGCCUACAGUAACCACAGUUUAUGCCAACAAUGGAUCUGUUCUCCAGGGAAGUUCUGUGGCCUCCGUAUACGAUAGGAAGCUGCUCAUAGGCACUUUGUACCACAGAGCCCUGUAUUGUGAGCUCUAACAUGGACUUUGGGUAUGCAAGUGCGCUCACUUCUCUUAACAAUUAGUUUUCAAUGAAUGGCUCGUUCUGAGGGAAUUUAACUAGUAAAGCUGAGCCAGGAUGUAUGACGUGUAUAGUUCAUUUUAUUUCAGGAAGGAAAGGCCCCUUCAGUCCUUGUUGCACUUUUAACAUAAAGGAAAAUGAACAGGUUUUUUUUUUUUAAAUGCCAAGUAAAGGAGAGAGAAGAAAGCUGCUUUCGGUAAAGUGAAUAUACUUUGCACAAAAUAAGCCUCACCUCCUUCUUCCAACUGCCAGAGCAUGAAUUCCACUGAAUCAGGGUAGAUCCCAUUUCCUUAAAAUGUGAGUGACCUCUGCUCUAACAGUGUGACCCCGUGACUGUUCGGAACUACUGAUAGGUAGCGUGUGUGGAUAUUUUGUACUUACAUCAUUGUUUACUAUUAAAGAGUUGGAGUUAUAUUAAAGACUAACUAAAAUUCUAUAA